AUGGACACCACAAAGUCGCAUGAGACUGAUAUUCGCUCCGUAUACCUGCCACAACAUAUUGUGGUGCUAGUCCAUGGCAAUAAUGGCUUGGCCGCCGACUUUGACGCUGUGGAAAAGUCACUGUGGAAAAAGUAUGGCAAACGUUGCAUGUUAAUUAUCAAGUCUCGAGCCAAUGAGACUGAUACUUCAUUGGGUGUGGAUAUGGGCGGCUCAAGACUUGCCAAGGAGGUUGUCGAAACUGUGUUUGAGUAUGAUUUGUGUCCAGUUGUGACAAAGUACAAGGUCUCGUUUAUCGGUCAUUCACUGGGCGGUCUCUAUGCAAGAUACGCUAUUGUCCAGAUUAUGGACUCACUGCGCUGCCUUCACGUGGAAUAUGUCAAUUUCGUCACAAUUUGUACACCGCAUUUGGGCUCAAGACGGGCGAGGGGAUCAUCAACCAUCAAGAACAUCCUUCGCCUUGGAGUGCAUAAAGUACUCGCGUCGCGGUCGAUAUACGGACAGACAGGCGUUGAUCUUUUGCUAGAUGCACAAGAGCAGCAAGAAAGGGUCAUAAAUGCCGAUGCCAUGGAACCUGCGCGUCCCCUGUUAGAAAUCAUGAGCGAUCCUAAUUUAGAGUUUAUCCGCUCGCUCAAACGCUUUCAAUAUGGCACGUUGAUAGCUAUGACCGACGGUGACGUCGUAGUGCCGUAUCCCUCGGCUUCUAUACGUAGCCAUAGCCCGUAUGCUAGCACCUUUUUGACGGAACGCUACACAGAGUGGCGAUGGCAUGUUCACCACUCUGGUUUCGCCGUAGAUGCUUGUGGUCGCACUAACCCUGCUCAUUCAGCAUUUUUGGAGCAGCUCAACUCAAAGGUUGAUCGUUUGACUAAAAUUAAAAAUCACGAGCUAGGACUCGACGCAAGCUGUACGCCAAGGUAUCCCAGCAUUGAGGGUUUUGACUGUGACAACAAACAAGAGGUGGAAUUUCCGCACGAGAUGCUAUGCAGUCUGCAACAGGUGCUUCCAUGGCGACGUAUUGAUGUGACAGUAGAGCCCUGCGGCGUGAAGGGUAAAAUGCGCCUGCAUGACUGGCCUAUCAACAAGAUGCAAUCUCCCGACUGCUAUGCAGACGAGUUCAUCGAUCUACUAUGUGAUAUGAUUGGAGCCGAUCACGAGAUGCGUCCACUGGUAACACCGGACCCCGUUGGCAAGCAGCAUGAAUGCUCUGCGGUCGCAUUGGCCCGUCGGCUCAAAAAUGUUGUUAAGCAGAGUGUUAACAAGUCAUCCAGCGAGAAAGAAAGUGUUAACAGUGAUGCUGAAACAAAUCAGUCAGGAAUGACUUCUUCUAUCUCGAGCUCAUCCGCAGCAUCUAGCGACUUCCUGUUCGUGUAG